AUGACUGGACGCAAUGUAUUACUUAUUAUGGAUAACUGCCCAGCACAUGUUGCAGGUACAUUGGAUAUUGCCAAUAUUGAAGUGAAAUUCUUACCACCAAAUACAACAUCUAAGUUACAGCCACUUGAUGGUG